AUGGGCUCGUGUUGUGCAAACACUACGCAAGAUAAAGAAUCUUUUACUGCUAGUCCAGCUCCAAUCUAAAUAAGCAACGAGAAUUUGGAGGUAAGGGAACCAACGAAAAUUAAGGAAUCCAAUGAAACUCCAAGUUCACCCAUAAGAUCAGAAAAAAUCGAUGAAGAGAAUUAUGGAAGCAUUAAGAGUUACCGUGGUGUGUUGAUUGAAAACACUAAUAUAUUUGAUGAACAAUCCUCACUAGCUCUAACCAUAUUCAAUUCUCUAGGUCCGUUUCCAUUUCCGAUAAUCAAAGAUCAGACACUUACUUAUGCUGGUCCAGUUCAAAUCGAGGCAGGAUCCUUUUAUAUGGGAUAAUGGUUAGAUGGCAAAAGACAUGGAUUUGGAAAAUAGUUAUAUCCUUUUGGAUCAAUCUAUGAAGGAGAGUGGUACAACGAUCAAUAGUAGGGAUAUGGGAGAAUGGUUCUUCCAAACGGGGAUUAUUAUGAAGGAGAAUGGAGGAGUGAUAAGGCUUGGGGCACUGGAAAAUAUGUGACCAUAGAUGGAACUACAUACAAUGGCGAAUGGGUGGAUGAUAAAUAACAUGGGAAAGGUGUUGAGGAGUGGAAAAAUGGUUAAAAAUAUGAAGGCAAUUAUUUAAAUGGUUAAAAAACUGGAUAUGGAGUGUUCUAUUGGCUGGAUGGUUCCAAAUACGAAGGGGAAUUGUUGGAUGGAAUGCCUCAUGGGAAUGGGGAAUACAUUUGGAGGGACGGCAAAAAGUAUAAAGGAGAAUGGAUGUUUAAUUAGAUGCAUGGGGAUGGAAUAUAUGUUUGGCCUGACGGAAAGAUUUACAAGGGGAAUUUUGAAAAAGACUAAAGAGAAGGGUAUGGGGAAUUGGAUUGGUCAGAUGGUAGAAUGUAUAAAGGUAAUUGGAAAAAUGGUAAAUAACAUGGCGAAGGAGCAUUUAUUUAUAAAAACAAAAUAAGAAAAGGAGUUUGGUAAAAUGGGUAGCCAACAAAGUGGUGUCAAAGUGAAAUAUUAUCAAUAUAAUGAUAUACUAUAAUGUUUUA